CAUUCAUUCAUUCAUUACUGGCUGCUACAGCACUGACCAGGAGAGACACAGAAGCUGCCCUCAAGGCAUUCACAGUCUCGCGGAGAAUACAGGGGAGUAAUCACAGUUAUCACACGGUGUGGUCCUUGACAAAGACCCAUUGUUGAGUGAAGCUCUAGUGCAGUGUGUUCAUGCCAAGAUUUUAUAAGCGACAUUUUCAAACUAUGUGAAGAUCUGUUUAAAGAAGAUUUAUUCUUCUGUGAUGGAGAAGUAUGAAAAAAUUGGGAAAAUUGGCGAAGGAUCCUAUGGAGUUGUUUUCAAAUGCAGAAACAGGGACACGGGUCAGAUUGUGGCCAUCAAGAGGUUUCUGGAAUCAGAAGAUGACCCUGUCAUAAAGAAAAUCGCCCUUCGAGAAAUACGCAUGCUCAAGCAACUCAAGCAUCCCAACCUCGUCGACCUUAUCGAAGUCUUCAGGAGGAGGCGGAAGCUUCACCUGGUGUUUGAAUACUGUGACCACACGGUGCUCCACGAGCUGGACAAACACCAAAGAGGGGUACCAGAACAUCUUGUGAAGAGCAUAACUUGGCAGACAUUGCAAGCCGUAAAUUUUUGCCAUAAACACAAUUGCAUACACAGAGACGUAAAGCCAGAAAACAUCCUCAUCACAAAACAUUCUGUGAUUAAGCUUUGUGACUUUGGAUUCGCUCGGCUUUUGACUGGACCGAGUGACUACUACACAGACUAUGUGGCCACCAGGUGGUACCGCUCCCCGGAGCUGUUGGUGGGGGACAUGCAGUACGGCCCCCCAGUAGAUGUUUGGGCAAUUGGCUGUGUCUUUGCUGAGCUGCUGUCAGGAGUGCCUCUGUGGCCCGGAAAAUCAGAUGUGGAUCAGCUCUAUCUGAUUAGGAAAACCUUGGGAGACCUCAUUCCUAGGCACCAUCAAGUAUUUAGCACAAAUCAGUACUUCAGUGGGGUAAAAAUUCCAGACCCUGAAGAUAUGGAACCACUUGAAUUAAAAUUUCCAAACAUCUCGUAUCCUGCCCUGGGGCUCUUAAAGGGCUGUCUCCACAUGAAUCCUGCCGAGAGACUGACAUGUGAGCAGCUGUUGGGGCAUCCAUAUUUUGACAGCAUCAGAGAAAUAGGGGAUUUGGCAAAAGAGCAUGAGAAAUCAACAGGGAAGACCCUAAGACAGAGCCGAAAGCACCUGCCGCGGUUGCAGUACCUACCUCAGCUGACUAGCAGCAGCAUCCUCCCAGCUUUGGAUAACAAGAAGUACUACUAUAACACCAAGAAACUUAACUACCGUUUUCCAAACAUUUAAAGAGCUUGGAGAUUGAGAACAAAAAAAAGAAUUGAUCAUUAAUUUGAAUAAAACAUAUAUUUGAUUGAAAGCAAUCACAAUGUUGAAAAAAACAUCAGAAGAAAACAUAGUAACUAACUGGGGGAGGCCACUUGGCAAGCCAUGAAGGGACAUGCCAGAGGCAGUGUUCCAUGUUUGACGAUGGUGUCCAGAACAGAAAGGAAAAACUUUGGAUUUUCACUUUUAUUUUUGUUGUAUCUAAGUAGCUGAGCUUAUGGAAAGAAUAUAAACUAUCUACUGCACUCGCCCAUACCUCCAGCAAAAUUAGAGAUAAAAAAAUUUAUGCUUCAAUUGCACCAUAUGCCACAAGUGAAAAAAUGGAUUACAGAAUGCCCAUAUAUGUUUCCUUGGAUCUCUGUUGCUUUGAGUCCUAUCUCCUGCCUUUUCAGAUUUUCUCAUCGUAUUUAAGGAGAGUUAAGGUUCUUGAAACCAAAAUGUUUAAAAUUCCAUUUCCUGCUUGCUCUAGCUCUUGAUUUUUAUAUAUUGAAACUUUUUUGAAUAUAUGAGAUGUUUAAAAUAUUUAAAAUCAUAUGGAUUAUCAUAAAA